AGAGCGUGGAUUUUUUUUGGUUUUACGUUUUAAUUGUGCAGUUUUCAGGUUGUAAGUGGAGCUGAAAUUCCCUUGUAAGUCUCGCCUUUCUUUACAGCUUUACAUCGUUUCUUGUGGUCAUGGGCACGAGUAGGAGACGGACUAUAAACUUGUACGGGUGGGCAGUGGUCAUAAUCGCGGUUCUGAAUCCGCGGUGCUGUCAUGGAACUUGCGCGGAGAAAGAGCUGGAGAAAAGGGAAGAGGAGGCGAACAUCGUUCUGACCGGGACAGUCGAGGAAAUCAUGAACAUGGACCCGGUGCACAACACGUACUCGUGCAAGGUGAGGGUGUGGCGCUACCUGAAAGGCAAAACCAUGGUGAACGGCGAGAUCCUGCUGGACGGCGGGAACAAGGUGAUGAUCGGGGGCUUCGGUGACCCGGGGAUCUGCGACAACCAGGUGGCUACGGGCGACACGCGCAUCUUCUUCGUCAACCUGGCGCCGGAGUACAUGUGGCCGGCGCACAAAAACGAGCUGAUGCUCAACUCCAGCCUGAUGAGGAUCACCCUGCGCAACCUGGAGGAGGUGGAGCACUGCGUGGAAGACAAACCUGUUCACUUCACGCCGGCCCAGCCUCCUGAUGGUUGCCGAGGGAUGCUGUGUGGCUUCGGCGCCGUGUGUGAGCGAGAUCUGAGCGACCCCUCCAAGGGCGAGUGCGUCUGCAAGAAGAUCGUCUGCCCCUCGGUGGUGGCCCCCGUCUGCGGAUCCGACUCCUCCACCUACUCCAACGAGUGCGAGCUGGAGAAGGCCCAGUGCAAGGCGCAGAGGCGGCUGAAGGUGGUGCGCAAGGGACCCUGCGCCCUGAAGGACCCCUGCAGCGAGGUGACCUGCAGCUACGGCAGCACCUGCGUCCAGUCCUCCGACGGCCAGUCGGCCAAGUGCGUGUGCCCCCUGAGCUGCGAGUCUCGCCCUGAGCAGGUGGUGUGCGGCAGCGACGGCCAGGACUACCGCAACGAGUGCGAGCUCAACCGCAGAGCCUGCGACCUUCAGAGGAACAUCCACAAGCAGCAUGACGGGCCGUGCGACCCCUGCAAAGACAGCCAGAACAACCUGAACGUGGCGUGCCGGGUGGAGCCCCGCACCCGCCGCCCCCUGACCUUCGCCCCCCCGGAGUCCUGCCCCCCGGACGCCGAGCCGCUGUGCGCCAGCGACGGACAGACCUACUCCAGCGAGUGCAGGAUGCUGCGCACCGGCAUGGUGAAGGGCGUGGAGCUGCGCAAGAUCCACUCAGGGCCGUGCAAGAAGCAGGAGGAGUGUCGGGAGGAGUGUAAGUUCAACGCCGUGUGCCUGGUGGAGCGUCUGGGCCCGCGCUGUUCCUGCGAGCCCAUUGAGUGUGAUGGCACCUACAGGCCGCUGUGCGGCAAGGACGGGCGCACCUACGCCAACGACUGCGAGCGCCGGCGGGCCGAGUGCCAGGCCAAGGCCCACAUCCCCGUCAAACAGCAGGGGCCCUGCGAUCUGCACGCCCCCAGCCCCUGCCUGCGGAAGAGGUGCGAGUUUGGGGCGGAGUGCGUGGUGAAAGACGGGCAGGCGGUGUGCGAGUGCCCGGACGGCUGCCCGCAGGCCCGCGACCCCGUCUGCGCCAGCGACGGCCACACCUACGGCAGCCGCUGCCAGAUGCAGGCCAUGGCCUGUGUCCUGCAGAGGGAGCUCCACGUGCGGCACCGGGGCGCCUGCGCCGAGCCCUGUGGGAACUGCUCGUUCGGGGCGAUCUGCGACGGGCAGACGGGCCGCUGUGUGUGCCCCACGGAGUGUGUGGCCUCCCACCAGCCCGUGUGCGGCAGCGACAGCGUCACCUACAGCAACGAGUGUGAGCUGAACGUGCGGGCCUGCACCCAGCAGCUGGACCUCAGGGUGCUCGCCCAGGGAGAGUGCAAGGUCUGUGGCGGUUCGGUGUGUGCGUGGGGUGAACGCUGCGUUCAGAACAAGUGCGAGUGCCCGCAGUGCCAGGGCCAGCCCUUCUCCCCCGUGUGCGGCAGCAACGGCGUCACCUACGACAACGCCUGCGAGCUGGGCCACGCCUCCUGCGUCCUCAGGAAGCGCAUCGAGGUGGCCAGGGCCGGCAGCUGCGAUGAAGAGUGUGGCUCCGGAGGGUCCGGUUCUGGGGCAGACGGGGGCUGUGAGCAGGAUCGCUGCCGGACGUUCGGAGGGUCCUGGGACGAGGACGCGGAGGACGACCGCUGUGUCUGUGACUUCACCUGCCACAGUGUGCCGCGCAGUCAGGUGUGUGGUUCCGACGGACGCACCUACAGCAGCGAGUGCCAGCUGAAGAAGACCAGGUGUGAGAGGCAGGAGCACCUGCUCAUCCAGAGUCAGGGUCCCUGCUCAGCUGCCUCUGCCACGCCCCCUCCCGGCUUGACCCAGGCCGUGCACUGCAGUCAGACGGUGUACGGCUGUUGUCGUGACAACGUGACAGCUGCCCUCGGCGUGGGAUUGGCCGGAUGCCCCAGCACGUGCCUCUGCAACCCUUACGGCUCGUACGGGGGCACCUGCGACCCCGCCAGCGGCCAGUGCUCCUGCAAGCCAGGCGUCGGGGGUCUGAAGUGUGACCGCUGCGAGCCAGGAUUCUGGAACUUCAGGGCCAUCGUCACGGAGAGCAUGAGCGGCUGCACACCUUGUAACUGUGACGCGGUGGGCUCGGUGCGGGACGACUGCGAGCAGAUGUCAGGCCUGUGCUCCUGUAAGACGGGGGUGAAGGGGAUGAAGUGCAACGUCUGCCCUGACGGCAGCAAGACGGGCGUGACCGGCUGUGACAAAGGUCCUGGAGCACAGACCUCUUGUGAGGACAUGGACUGCCAUUUUGGGGCGACCUGCGUGGAGGUGAAUGGACAGGCCCACUGCGAGUGCCCCUCCCCUGACUGCGGAGAGAAGAACAAGACAAAGGUGUGCGGCUCUGACGGGGUUACCUAUGCGGACCAGUGUCAGCUGAUGACCAUCGCCUGCCGGCAAGACAAGCACAUCACCGUGAGGCACCUGGGACACUGCACAGAAACCAUCUUACACCCCGGGCCGGCUGCCAGACCCACCCCUUCCCCAACCACACCCCGCGCCACACCCUCCACCGCCCACGUCAAGGUCACCCUGCCCCGCCAUGGCCACACCACCACGUCCCGCUCCGGCGAGAGGGCCGAGGACCAGAGGGACAGCAAGAACGCCCUACCCCCCUCGUGGGUGGAGGCCGCCCCGCCGUCCCGGACCACGGAGCGACCCGGCAAACCCUCCAUCCCCACCCACCGCCCCACCACCCACCACAAACCACCACGCACGACACCCCUGCCCCCGAGCUCCACCCCCAGACCCAAGCAGGCCGUCCCGCCUUCCCUCUAUGAGGACUCGGGCAGUGGCGAGCCCAGCGGCGACGACGAGGAGGAGGGUAGCGCCGUGAUGGAGGCUAGCGGGGAGGAGCCAGUCGAGCUUGCGGCAACAGCGGCCGCACCCCCGGCGGCCGAGGAGCGCUCCUCCUGCGACAACGCCCCCUUCGGCUGCUGCCCCGAUGGCCGGACGGCUGCCAGCGGCUCCGAAGGAACCAACUGCCCCCCUACCAUGAAGUUCAGCGGCUUCCUGCACCUGGACCAGGUGGAGGGCCAGGAGGUCUUCUACACCCCGGAGAUGGAGGAUCCCAAGUCCGAGUUGUUCGGGGAGACCGCCAGGAGCAUCGAAAAUGCCCUAAAUGAGUUGUUCCGUAAGUCAGAAGUCCAGAAGGACUUCAAGAGCGUUCGGGUCAGAAAUCUGGCUCCCAGCAACUCCAUCCUGGCUUUUGUUGAGGCCCACUUUGACCCAGACACCAGGUACACCGUGGAGGACGUUGAGGGAGCUCUGCUGAAGCAGCUGAAAGCAGCUAAAGAGACGGCCAUAGUGGUGAAGAAACCAGAGGAGGACAAUAUCCGAUUCAAUAACUACGGCCUCUCCACUCUCCCCUUCUUCACCACCACGACCACCACCACAGCCACCGUGACCACGCCCACCACCACCACCACAACCACGCUGUCCCCGACCGCAGCCCUGACCACCCGCAGACCCGGCACGACCCGCCGGCCCUACACCAGCCGCAAGACCACCACGGCGGCCCCGGUGACCCCGCCCCAUGUCGUAACCACGCCUGCCCCUACCACCACCACCACCCCAGCCCCACCCACCACCAGGUCCAGGCUCGGACCCCACCACAAAAAGCCCUCCCGGCCCUGCGACUCGCACCCGUGCCGCCACGGGGGCACCUGUGAAGAGGAGGGCAACGACUUCACCUGCACCUGUCCCGCAGGUAGAGGGGGUGCGGUCUGCGAGAAAGUGAUCAAAUACUUCAUACCGUCCUUCGGGGGUAAGUCCUACCUGGCCUUCCCCACCAUGAAGGCCUACCACACAGUGCGCAUCGCCAUGGAGUUCCGUGCCUCCGAGAUGACCGGCCUGCUGCUCUUCAACGGUCAGAGCGGCAAGAAGGACUUCCUGUCCCUGGCGCUGGUCUCCGGACAGGUGCAGCUCAGGUUUAACACCGGUUCUGGCACGGGCACACUCCUCAGUAAGGUUCGGGUGAAGCCGGGCCGCUGGCACCAGCUGGUGGUCACCCGGAACCGCCGCAACGCCGUGCUGAGCGUGGAUGGUGAGGUGAACAUCGAGGGAGAGAGCCCCCCAGGCACCGACGGCCUCAACCUGGACACUAACCUCUUCAUCGGUGGCGUGCCGGAGGAGCUGCUUCAGGACGUUCGGGAGAGGACCUCGGUGUCCACCGGCCUGGUGGGCUGCAUCCGCAUGCUGGACGUCAACAACAUGGUGUACAACCUGCAGGAGAAGGGCGGCGACGUGCUGUACGGCACCGCCGUGGGCGAGUGCGGCAACAACCCCUGCCAGCCUGAUCCCUGCAAGAACGGCGCCAUCUGCCAGGUCCGCGAGGCCGAGAUGUUCCACUGCAAGUGCAUCAACGGCUUCUCAGGUCCAACAUGCGCCGAUGCCCACAACCCAUGUGACCCCAACAGGUGCCAUCCUUCGUCCCAGUGCCAGGUCCUGCCGGAGGGGGGCUACAAAUGCGAGUGUCCAAUGGGCCGCGAGGGAACUCACUGCGAAAGAGAGUCCAGGAACGACAAGAACGAGGCCUACAUCCCCUUCUUCGGCGGAGACUCUUACCUGGAGCUGAAGGGCUUGCAGACCUACGGCAGCGAUUUGCAGCAGAAGGUCAGCAUUUCGGUGGUCUUCCUGGCUAACGACUCCAACGGUAUGAUCUUCUACAACGGGCAGAAAAAUGACGGCAAAGGAGACUUCAUUUCCCUGGCUCUGAACGAUGGCAUCCUCGAGUUCCGAUACGACCUGGGCAAGGGUCCCGCAGUCAUCAGGAGCAAGGACAAGAUCAAGCUGAACGUGUGGAACACAGUGAACCUGGAGCGUGCCAGCCGCAAAGGGGAGAUCAGCGUCAACGACCGGGACCACGUCAAGGGGGAGUCGCCGAAAUCGCGCAAGAACCAGCACACCGCCCUCAACCUGAAAGAGACGCUGUUUGUGGGCGGAGCUCCCGACUUCAGCAAGCUGGCGAGAGCGGCCUCACUCAAAGACGGCUUCAAGGGGGCCAUCCAGAAGAUCACCCUGAUGGGCACGCCGAUCCUGAAGAGGGAGAGCGCGCUGCGCUCCAGCGACGUGUCUGUGUACCCCCACCACCCCUGCACCCGGGUCGCCCCCGGUCCCGUCUGCCUCAACGGGGGCCUCUGCACCCCUAUGCUGGACCGCUACGAGUGCGUCUGCCGGCUCGGCUUCUCCGGGACACACUGCCAGACCGCCAUCAUUGAGAAGUCUGCGGGGGAGACGGAGUCCAUUGCCUUCGACGGCCGGACGUUCAUCGAAUAUCACAACGCUGUCACCAAGAGCGAGAAGGCCCUGCUGGUGAACAAGUUCGAGCUGAGCAUCAAGACGGAGGCCACCCACGGCCUGAUCCUCUGGAGCGGCAAGGGCGUGGAGCGCUCUGACUACAUCGCCCUGGCCGUGGUGGACGGCCGUGUGCAGAUGACCUACGACCUGGGCUCCAAGCCUGUGGUGCUGCAGUCCACCGUGCGAGUCAACACCAACCGCUGGGUCCGCAUCAAGGCCAGCAGGGCGCUGAGGGACGGCUCCCUGCAGGUGGGGAACGAGGCGGCUGUCACCGGGUCGUCCCCGCUGGCUGCCACCCAGCUGGACACAGAUGGGGCGCUGUGGCUCGGUGGCCUGGAGGAGUCAUCGGUGGCCCGCAGGCUGCCCAAGGCCUACAGCACGGGCUUCGUGGGCUGUGUGAAGGACGUGACUGUGGACGGCGUGGAGCUGCACCUGGUGGAGGACGCCUUAAACAAUCCCAAAAUACUACACUGUUCCGCCAAAUAGCCUGGCGCCACCUCCCCGCCAAUGCCGUGUCUACUGCUGUAAUUAUUUUCUAUUUUUGUAUACUUUUCAUUGCUUUUAUAUUG